AUGAAGAUGAGAAGGAGGACGCGAGGUAAGCUUGCUACUGCUAUAAUUGAUUUUAAUAAAAACAAUAUGUUUUGUUGCCCAUAACGAAGCUACACUACAUAACCAAAAGUAUGCUCGUCGAACAUCUCAUUGCAUAAUCAUGGGCAUUAAUAUGGAGUUGGUCCCCCCUUUGCUGCUAUAACAGCCUCCACUCUUUUGAGAAGGCUUUCCACUAGAUGUUGGCACAUUGCUGUACAUUGCUGUGGGGACUUGCUUCCAUUCAGCCACAAGAGCAUUAGUGAGGUCGGGCACUGAUAUUGGGCGAUUAGGCCUGGCUCGCAGUCGGCGUUCCCAUUCAUUCCAAUGGUGUUCAAUGGGCUUGAGAUCAGGGCUCUGUGCAGGUCAGUCAAGUUCUUCCAAACCGAUCUGUCGGCGCAAGAUGGCGCCAACAGACAUGGCAGCUCUGCAUCUAGCUCCUAAGCAACUUUGCAGUAUUAUUAUAAUUUAUGGGUGUUAUUUCUUACAUUAUUAGCCCAGAAUGUUUUUUGUGUUAUUACAUACAGCCGGAAAUAACUUUUGGAUAUCAGAGCGGCGUUAACUCACCAGCAUUACAACCAGGAAUACGACUUUCCUGAAUUAGAUCCUUUGUUCAUACCCCCUAGGGCAAUUGAACUUAUCCCAGAGGCUGCUCCAAGAUGCCGCCGGCGGAGAAAAGGUAUUCGGAGUGGACUUCUAGUCCGACUCAGGAGGCGUGCACACCAUCCACCGCUUCCGAGUAUAUUACUCGCUAAUGUUCAGUCUCUUGACAAUAAGUAGACGAGCUCAGGGUAAGGAUAUCCUUCCAGAGAGACAUCAGGGACUGUAACAUACUCUGUUUCACGGAAUCAUUGCUCUCUCGGGAUAUACUGUCCCCGUCCAUACAGCCAGCUGGGUUCUCAGUACAUUGCGCAGUCAGGAAUAAAGAACUCUCCAGGAAGAAGAAGGGCGGUGGUGUCUGUUUCAUGAUUAACUACUCAUGGUGUGAUUGUGAUAACAUACAGAAACUCAAGUCCUUUUGUUCAUCCGACCUAGAAUACCUCACAAUCAAAUGCUGACCGUAUUACCUCCCAACAGAAUUCUCUUCGGUUAUGGUCACAGCCGUGUAUAUUCCCCCUCAGGCCGAUACCACGACGGCCCUCAAGGCACUACACUGGACUUUAUGCAAACUGGAAACCACAUAUCCUGAGGCCACAUUUAACAAAGCAAAUUUGAGGAAAAUUCUACCGAAGUUCUACCAACACAUUGACUGUAGUACUCGCUCUGGUAAAACACUCGACCACUGCUACUCCCCCUUUCGAGAUGCCUACAAGGCCCUCCUCUGCCCUCCCUUCGGCAAACCAAAUCACGACUCAAUUUUGCUCCUCCCUUAAUAUAGGCAGAAACCUAAACAGGAAGUACCCGUGCUAAGGUCUAUUCAAUGCUGGUCUGACCAAUUGGAAUCCAUGCUUCAAGAUUGUUCUGAUCACGCGGACUGGGAUAUGUUCCGGGUAGCCUCUGAGAAUAACAUUGACGUAUACACGGACACGGUGACUGAGUUCAUCAGGAAGUGUAUAGGGAAUGUUGUUCCCACUGUGACUAUUAAAACCUACCCAAACCAGAAACCAUGGAUAGAUGGCAGAAUUCAUGCAAAACUGAAAGCGUGAACCACCGCAUUUAACCAUGGCAAGGUGAUUGGGAAUAUGGUUGAAUACAAACAGUGUAGUUAUUCCCUCCUUAAGGCAAUCAAACAGGCAAAACGUCAGUACAGAGACAAAGUGGAGUCGCAAUUCAACGGCUCAGACAUGAGACGUAUGUGGCAGGAUCUACAGACAAUCACGGAUUACAAAGGGAAAACCAGCCAUGUCGCGGACACUGACGUAUUGCUCCCGGACAAGCUAAACACCUUCGUCACCCGCUUUGAGGAUAACACAGUGCCACUGACGCAGCAUGCUCCCAAGGACUGUGGGCUCUCGUUCUCCGUGGCCGACGUGAGUAAGACGUUUUAAGCGUGUUAACCCUCACAAGGAUGCCGGCCCAGACGGCAUCCCUAACCGUGUCCUCCGAGCAUGCGCAGACCAGCUGACUGGAAUGUUUACGGACAUAUUCAAUCUCUCCCUAUCCCAGUCUGCUGUCCCCACUUGCUUCAAGAUGCCCACCAUUGUUCCUGUACCCAAGAAAGCAAAGGUAACUGAACUAAAUGACUAUAGCCCUGUAGCACUCACUUCUGUCAUCAUGAAGUGCUUUGAGAGGCUAGUUAAGGAUCAUAUCACCUCUACCUUACCUGACCCCCUUCAAUUUGCUUACCGCCCCCAAUAGAUCCACAGACGAUGCAAUCGCCAUCGCACUGCACACUACAAGAGGAAUACCUACGUAAGAAUGCUGUUCUGUUCAUUGACUAUAGCUCAGCCUUCAACACCAUAGUACCCUCCAAGCUCAUUAUUAAGCUUGGGCCCUGGUCUGAACCCUGCCCUGUGCAACUGCGUCCUGGACUUCCUAACGGGCCGCCCCCAGGUGGUGAAGGUAGGAAACAACACCUCCACUUCGCUGAUCCUCAACACAGGGGCCCCACAAGGGUGUGUGCUCAGCCCCCUCCUGUACUCCCUGUUCACCCAUGACUGCGUGGCCAAGCACGCCUCCAACUCAAUCAUCAAGUUUGCAGAUGACAAAACAGUAGUAGGCCUGAUUACCAACAAUGACGAGACAGCCUACAGGGAGGAGGUUAGGGCCCUGGCGGAGUGGUGCCAGAAAAAUAACCUCUCCCUCAACGUCAACAAAAGAAGGAGCUGAUCAUGGACUUCAGGAAACAGCAGAGGGUGCACCCCCCUAUCCACAUUGAUGGGACUGCAGUGGAGAAGGUGGAAAGCUUUAAGUUCCUCGGCGUACACAUCACUGACAAUCUGAAAUGAUCCACCCACACAGUGUGGUGAAGAAGGCGCAACAGCGUCUCUUCAACCUCAGGAGGCUGAAGAAAUUUGGCUUGGCCCCUAAGACCCUCACAAACUUUUACAGAUGCACAAUUGAGAGCAUCCUGUCGGGCUGUAUCACCGCCUGGUACGGCAAUCGCACCGCCCGCAACCGCAGGGCUCUCCAGAGGGUGGUGCGGUCUGUCCAAUGCAUCACCGGGGGCACACUGCCUGCCCUCCAGGACACCUACAGCACCUGAUGUCACAGGAAGGCCAAAAAGAUCAUCGAGGACAUCAACCACCCGAGCCACGGCCUGUUCACCCCGCUAUCAUCCAGAAGGCGAGGUCAGUACAGGUGCAUCAAAGCAUGGACCGAGAGACUGAAAAACAGCUUCUAUCUCAAGGCCAUCAGACUGUUAAUUAGCCAUCACUAGCCUGCUACCACCCGGUUACUCAACCCUGCACCUUAGAGGCUGCUGCCCUAUAUACAUAGACAUGGAAUCACUGGCCACUUUAAUAAUGUUUACAUACUGCUUUACUCAUCUCAUAUGUAUAUACUGUAUUCUAUUCUACUGUAUUUUAGUCAAUGCCACUCUGACAUUGCUCGUCCUAAUAUUUAUAUAUUUCUUAAUUCCAUUCUUUUACUUUUAGAUUUGUGUGAAUUGUUAGAUACUACUGCAGUGUUGGAGCAAGGAACACAAGCAUUUCUCUACACCCGCAAUAACAUCUGCUAAAUAUGUGUAAGUGACUAACAAAAUUUGAUUUGAUUUCGACAAACCAUUUUUGUAUGGACCUCACUUUGUGCACGGUGGCAUUGUCAUGUUGAAACAGUAAAGGGCCUUCCCCAAACUGUUGCCACAAAGUUGGAAGCACAGAAUCGUCUAGAAUGUCAUAGUAUGCUGUAGUGUUAAGAUUUCCCUUUGUUGGAACUAAGGGGCCUAGCCCAUUGGCACUAUGCAUUGGGGCAGGUAGUGUUCUCCUGGCAUCUGCCAAACCCAGAUUCGUCCGUCAGACUGCCAGAUGGUGAAGCGUGAUUUAUCACUCCAGAGAAUGCGUUUCCACUGCUUCAGAGUCGCAAUCGUGGCGAGCUUUACACCACACCAGCGGACACUUGGCAUUGCACAUGAUGAUCUUAGGCUUGUGUGCGGCUGCUCGGCCAUGGAAACCCAUUUCAUGAAGCUCCCGACGAACAGUUAUUGUGCUGACGUUGCUUCCAGAGGCAGUUUGGAACUCGGUAGUGAGUGUUGCAACCGAGGACAGACGAUUUUUAUGCGCUACGUGCUUCAGCACUCGGCGGUCCCAUUCUGUGAGCUUGUGUGGCCUACCACUUCGCGGCUGAGCCAUUGUUGCUCCUAGACGUUUCCACUUUACAAUAACAGCACUUACAGUUGACAGGGGCAGCUCUAGCAGGGCAGAAAUUUGACGAACUGACUUGUUGAAAAGGUGGCAUCCUACGAUGGUGCCACAUUGAAAGUCACUGAGCUCUUCAGUAAGACCAAUCUAAUGCCUAUGUUUGUCUAUGGAGAUUGCAUGGCUGUUACUCGAUUUUAUACACCUGUCAGCAAUGGUUGUGGCUGAAAUAGCCGAAUCCACUAAUUAGAAGGGGUGUCCACAUACUUUUGUAUAUAUAGUGUAUUUAUCAGAGUUAUUGACCUCACAAUAAGCCAUAUUCGAAUAAUUUACAUAACUUCUAUUACUAUGAAGUGGCAGCCGCGGAGAUGGACAGUUCAUGAGUGCUGAAAGUAGGCUAAUUCGAGAAGGCCUAAUUUAUUUAAACAUUCUUCAUUUUAAUUUGACUUUAGGCUACUUACAACAAGAUAACUUUGUGUUGGAGCCUAUUUCUUCCUAUUCAAGAAAGAAGAGGUAGGGCUACCUGUUUGACAGAUGCAAUUAUAAUCUACUAUCCAUAGAUUUUGUCAGCCAAUUCCUUCAGUUACCAUGCACUUCUUAAAUAGCUCCGUGUCAGUGAAGGGUUUGGUGUGUUAAGGUAAAAACAGGGCUCGAAUUGAGGGGGUAUGUGAGGGAAUUGUGGCUUUUGCUAAAGAAAAUGGCUAAAAGCAUAGGCCUACCCCUUGUUUGCUUAAAAAUAUAUACAGUGAGGGAAAAAAGUAUUUGAUCCCCUGCUGAUUUUGUACGUUUGCCCACUGACAAAGACAUGAUCAGUCCAAAAUUUUAAUGGUAGGUAUAUUUGAACAGUGAGAGACAGAAUAACAACAAAAUAAUCCAGAAAAACGCAUGUAACAUUUUUUAUAAAUUGAUUUGCAUUUUAAUGAGGGAAAUAAGUAUUUGACCCCUCUGCAAAACAUUACUUAGUACUUGGUGGCAAAACCCUUGUUGGCAAUCACAGAGGUCAGACGUUUCUUAUAGUUGGCCACCAGGUUUGCACACAUCUCAGGAGGGAUUUUGUCCCACUCCUCUUUGCAGAUCUUCUCCAAGUCAUUAAGGUUUCGAGGCUGACGUUUGGCAACUCGAACCUUCAGCUCACUCCACAGAUUUUCUAUGGGAUUAAUGUCUGGAGACUGGCUAGGCCACUCCAGGACCUUAAUGUGCUUCUUAUUGAGCCACUCCUUUGUUGCCUUGGCCAUGUGUUUUGGGUCAUUAUCAUGCUGGAAUACCCAUCCACGACCCAUUUUUAAUGCCUUGGCUGAGGGAAGGAGGUUCUCACCCAAGAUUUGACGGUACAUGGCCCGUUCAUCGUCCCUUUGAUGCGGUCAAGUUGUCCUGUCCCCUUAGCAGAAAAACACCCCCAAAGCAUAAUGUUUCAACCUCCAUGUUUGACGGUGGGGAUGGUGUUCUUGGGGUCAUAGGCAGCAUUCCUCUUCCUCCACGGCGAGUUGAGUUGAUACCAAAGAGCUUGAUUUUUUUGAGUUCUCCUCUGAAUCAUUCAGAUGUUCAUUGGCAAACUUCAGAUGGCCCUGUAUAUGUGCUUUCUUGAGCAGGGGGACCUUGCGGGUGCUGCAGGAUUUCAGUCCUUCACAGCGUAGUGUGUUACCAAUUGUUUUCUUGGUCACUAUGGUCCCAGCUGCCUUGAGAUCAUUGACAAGAUCCUCCCGUGUAGUUCUGGGCUGAUUCCUCACCGUUCUCAUGAUCAUUGCAACUCCACGAGGUGAGAUCUUGCAUGGAGCCCCAGGCCGAGGGAGAUUGACAGUUAUUUUGUGUUUCUUCCAUUUGCGAAUAAUCGCACCAACUGUUGUCACCUUCUCACCAAGCUGCUUGGCGAUGGUCUUGUAGCCCAUUCCAGCCUUGUGUAGGUCUACAAUCUUGUCCCUGACAUCCUUGGAGAGCUCUUUGGUCUUGGCCAUGGUGGAGAGUUUGGAAUCUGAUUGAUUGCUUCUGUAGACAGGUGUCUUUUAUACAGGUAACAAACUGAGAUUAUGACCACUCCCUUUAAGAGUGUGCUCCUAAUCUCAGCUCGUUACCUGUAUAAAAGACACCUGGGAGCCAGAAAUCUUUCUGAUUGAGAGGGGGUCAAAUACUUAUUUCCCUCAUUAAAAAUAGUCCACAAUGCUUUAUGCAAAAAAAAAAAGCUGUAAUAUGUUGGGGAAAGACCUGACCAAUUGAAAUGUUGACCUUCAACAUUUCAACAGGCUAUUAAAUAACAUACUAACUCUAAAUCAGUCAGGAGCAAGCCAGGUAGCCUAAGAAGGCACGAAAAUGAAUUAUUUUGGCUAUAAUAUUAUUAUUAUUUCAAGGCUAUAGCCUGCCAUUUAAGUAAUACAUUGUGAAGCAUUUGUGACAUGCUAAAGGCAGGCAGGAGCAACAACACAUCAACAACAGGACUUCAACAACAUGCUAUACAUUUUGCAUUUAGGCUUUAUAAAAUUGUAAUUAAAAUAAUUAAAUACUUACAAUUAAAUAAUAAUUAAACUAAAAAUGCCAUAUUAUGCUAUACAGUCAUUAUACAGUGCCUUUGAAUUCACUUUUAGAAACACUAGUUUUGCCAGUCUUUGGUUUGAGGAUCAAGCGGUGAGCUAUUCAUGCCAAUUUUGUUGACUUAGCCUAGCAGAUGCUCUUAAAUUCCCAUGCUCUAAUCACAGUCAACACAAAUAUAUUGUGUAACAGCAAUAUCAUGGAAUAAAAUAUAAUAAAUUAGAAAAUGAUAGUUUCCCAGCUGAAAAAAGUUGCUAUGUGGCUGCUGUGUUAAAAAAUGAAUGGCUUUUCAGAUACUUCAGUUGUAACUGGUUCUGUUGCACUACAUUUUUACAGUUGAUAGACAACUUUAGCACUGUUGGAAACUUAGAUUAUCCUAUUUUUUAACAAUAGCCUGUAUAGAAAUAAAAAUGUAUCUGCUGCUGCAGCAUGUGCUCAUUCGUUGUCAUGCUCUGUUGGGGUAUUAUAAAAGAUUCUGCAUUGGAAAAAUACCUACUGCGUCAAUACUGCAAUGCGGGUUGGAUUGAAUUGAGCCACUAAUCUUCAUUUUCAAUAAAUGAGAAUAUACAUUUCAACGUUUUUUUUUUGCGCCCCAUGGGGGAUUCGAACUGACACUGCAAGUGGCAAUAGAUAUCCGGAACUCGGCGCCUUACCAAUAUCAGCAAACUGUACAGAGACAUAUUUUUUCGCGAUGGAAAUUAUUUUAUUAUCAGAGCGUGCCAGUGAACUUCUGGUAAAUACGCUUUAGUGAGAAAGCGUUGGGAUCAGGUACAACUACGUUUACCUACCUCCAAAAUGUAUAUUUCUGACUGAUAAUAAGAUGUUCCGACCAGAUUCUAACCAGUAAAAUACAUAUUUAUCACUUCAAAUGCCCACUGCGCAGUCAUGAUGUUUUCAUCUGAUUGUCAGACGAUCACUUCAGAGGGCUCCUUUACUAAGCAGACCGCGCAUGUUCACCCACCUGCAACAUAUUUCCAGCCUCCAAACAGUUGUGAAUGGAAAGACACAUCUGUUACACAAAACACCAAAAAGUGUAAUGACAUUUGGCGAUUGUCAUUAGGCCCGAAUUUAUGAGUCCACUGCUGUCCGCGCGCGUCUCGGAAGUCAGUGUUUUCGUCGAACCACAUCGCAUUUAGCGUAGGUAGGCUAUACAACCCGUUUUCAAGUCCAUUCGCUAAUUUUUCAUCCCUCUGACAUGCGGUAAUGAUAAACAAGUGGUGUAAUAGCCUACCGUUUUCUUGACAUUUUGUUUUUAAUUAUUGUGAUAGGCUCAUGCUUUACUGGUACAGUACCCACACUAUUUAUUUUGCCGGGAUGCCGUACCAGACCGUACCGCUUACCCGUUUAUGAGCAAUUCCCCCCACCCACAACUUCUCACCUGAAUGCAUUUUUUAUUUGAAUGGCUUAGGGAAUGGCUAAAAUUGGGGUUUGAGAGUUACCAUUUAUUAAAUUGAACACUUAUUUGGCCACUUUAUUGUUAUUUUUGGCUAAAACUCUGAAACGGGGACUUUGCAGAAGAAAAUGUAUAUUUGUUCCCUUCGCGGUUAGAGUUCAGUUUAGUUUCCUUCUGCGGCUAAAGAGAAUCAUGUGAAUGGCCAACCUGGUCACCGACUGACUGCAAGGAACGCCCUGUUCAAAUAGCCUGAGUUACGUUAGUUCCCACCCAGUCCGAAGUUCAUUCCAACCAAAAUGGAUCUGCUUAAAAUCCGCUUUUUGAGUGUAGAAAAUGCAAACGUGUAAUAGUCAUGCAAGUCGCCUCUAUCCUGUUUCAGCUGGGACACUUCCGAAGUGUACUAACCCACUGUCCCAAAAAGGCACUGCUGAGAUUCGAACUCAGGAUCUCCUGUUUACUAGACAGGCGCUUUAACCAACUAAGCCACAGCGCCCGUGAUGUAAUCGGCUCGAAAUAAGUUACUCAUACUUGACCUUUGGUAAUGUGAGAAUUUGUUGUAAAGUAUACUGUGUGCAGUUACUACAUUAGAUUCCGAUAUUAACUGUAAAGACCAGAACGGGGUAAAGUGGUGGAACAGACAUUAAUCUAAAGGAAAAUGGGAUUCAGUCACAGACAUAUUGGUAUGAUGUAGUAACAUCGAAAUACCUCAGGAUGUCACUAUCUACACGUGUCAGAAAACACACAUAAUAUAUGUAACAUUACGUUACCAAACCGGAAGCUGUGACCGCGUCCAGAAAGCGGCGCACACUGUCAAUGUUGUGACGGGUCAAAGAGAUCUAACUAGGUACUUAAUCGACGCCUUGAUCGUGUUGAAUUCAAAAGGUAGAGGUAACAAGCUAUUGAUCUCCGUUUGACAACCGCUACAACAGUGAAAAGGAACAUCGAUCGUGUUCUUACUGCGCGUGUCACGAAACAAGUAAAGACUGGGAUUCUAGUUUUCAUCAAAGUGGACACCAUUUUAUCAAGGAUAGCUAGCUAGCCUAAUCGGCUAAAAACACUGGCCUUCGCGUUCUGAAUGGGUUUGCAAUAGCAAACUAUUGCUACAGAAGAGGGGAGAGCGUCAUCCAGUAAAAUGGAAACGGCAGAUGAAGGUAAAUGUAAUUUUACACUUGAAAAAUAAAAGGAGAGCCGCACACUCUAGGAGCUCAGAUGCAAUAAUUUAAUAACCUAAUAACCAACGUUUCGACAGACAAGCUGUCUUCAUCAGGGUAUAAUGACAAACACUGCGGGUCACUAGUUUAUAUAGUGUCAAGGACACACGCAGGUGUCUGUAAUCAUGGCCGGGUGUGGCCUGAUAGCGUUGGUAAAUUCACAGAUAAACAGAACAUACAAAAAACAUGAAUAGAUAGCAUACGAUCAUAGAUACAACUUGGCUACAUAGUCCCACAAACAUUUACAAUGAAUAGCAAAAUCACAAGAAUGGCUUCAAAUCAAAGUCUACGUUGAGACCGAAGGGAGCAAGGGUCUUUAAAUUAAAGAUCCAGGCAGCCUCUCGUUUUAACAAUAAGUUGUCGAGGUCUCCUCCCCUCCUAGGGAGGGUGACAUGUUCGAUGCCGAUAAAAACGUAGGGAUGAAAUCGAGUGUUUCGCUUCCAAAAAGUGGGCAGCGACUGGGUAUGUCGAGUUUUUGCACCUAAUGGUGUUACGAUGCUCCGAGAUUCGUACUUUUAAUUCGCGCUUUAAUUUUACAGUCAGUCUAAUGUUACUAACGUUGCGUUAGCUAGCUAGACUACUGUUCGAGACUACCUUUUGGAGACUUUGUGGGUAACGUUAGUUUACCUUGCCAACUUCAGCACAACACAUUUUUCGUCGACAGACACCCAAACAGUGACAUCAGCCAUCGAUAAUAAAAUAAGUUACGAGUAGUUAGCUAACUAGAUUGUUAUCUAACACAUUUCCCCAGUACAGAGAUGAAUGAUGCUGCUAGCACUGACAUGCUAGUUAAGCUAACUGGAGUUACUAGUUAAGUAAUCAAUUAAACGUAGCUAGCUAUUAGCCUCCUGAUGUGCUCUCAUGGCAUCAGUGUCAAAGCAGAUGUUGCCAUUUAUCCUGGCAGUGUAAGGCCAGCUGAAAUUAACUAUCCAUAUGGUGCAAAUUGGUUGCUACCACAGGAGGCAGUUCUUAUGUGUAGGAAGCUAAGCCAGGAGCAAAUCCUGUAUAUAUAUGUAGAUGUGUGUGUGAAUAUACACUACCGUUCAAAAGUUUGGGGUCACUUAGUCCUUGUUUUCCAUGAAAACAUACAUGAAAUGAGUUUGAAUAGGAAAUAUAGCAAAAUGCAUAGGAAAUGUAGUCAUUGACAAGGUUAGAAAUAAUGAUUUUUAAUGGAAAUUAUAAUUGUGUCCUUCAAACUUUGCUUUCGUCAAAUAAUCCUCCAUUUGCAGCCUUGCAGACCUUUGGCAUUCUAGUUGUCAAUUUGAUGAGGUAAUCUGAAGAGAUUUCACCCCAUGCUUCCUGAAGCACCUCCCACAAGUUGGAUUGGCUUGAUGGGCACUUCUUACAUACCAUAUGGUCAAGCUGCUCCCACAACAGACUGUGCUGGCCACUCCAUUAUAGACAGAAUACCAGCUGACCGCUUCUUCCCUAAAUAGUUAUUGUAUAGUUUGGAGCUGUGCUUUGGGUCAUUGUCCUGUUGUAGGAGGAAAUUGGCUCCAAUCAAGCGCCGUCCACAGGGUAUGGCAUAGCGUUGCAAAAUGGAGUGAUAGCCUUCCUUCUUCAAGAUCCCUUUUACCCUGUACAAAUCUCCCACUUUACCACCACCAAAGCACCCCCAGACCAUCACAUUGCCUCAACCAUGCUUGACAGAUGGCAUCAAGCACUCCUCCAGCAUCUUUUCAUUUGGUCUGCGUCUCACAAAUGUUCUUCUUUGUGAUCCAAACACCUCAAACUUCAAUUAGUCUGUCCAUAACACUUUUUUCCAAUCUUCCUCUGUCCAGUGUCUGUGUUCUUCUCCCAUCUUUUAUUUUUAUUGGCCAGGCUGAGAUAUGUAUUUUUCUUUGCAACUCUGCCUAGAAGGUCAGCAUCCCGGAGUCGCCUCAUAAUAUAAUAAUAUGCCAUUUAGAAGACUCUUUUAUCCAAAGCGACUUACAGUCAUGCGUGCAUAAUUUUUUUUGUGUAUGGGUGGUCCCGAGGAUCGAACCCACUACCCUGGCGUUACAAGCGCCGUGCUGUACCAGCUGAGCUACAGAGGACCACUGUUGACGUUGAGACUGGUGUUUUGCGGGUACUAUUUAAUGAAGCUGCCAGUUGAGGACCUGUGAGGUGUCUGUUUCUCAAACUAGACACUAAUGUAUUUGUCCUCUUGCUCAGUUGUGCACCGGGGCCUCCCACUCCUCUUUCUAUUCUGGUUAGAGCCAGUUUGCGCUGUUCAGUGAAGGGAGUAGUACACAGCGUUGUACGAGAUCUUCAGUUUCUUGGCAAUUUCUCGCAUGGAAUAGCCUUCAUUUCUCAGAACAAGAAUAGACUGACGAGUUUCAGAAGAAAGUUAUUUGUUUCUGGCCAUUUUGAGCCUGUAAUCGAACCCACAAUUGCUGAUGCUCCAGAUACUCAACUAGUCUCAAGAAGGCCAGUUUUAUUGCUUCUUUAAUCAGCACAACAGUUUUCAGCUGUGCUAACAUAAUUGCAAAAGGUUUUUUUAAUGAUCAAUUAGCCUUUUAAAAUGAUAAACUUGGAUUAGCAAACAACGUGCCAUUGGAACACAGGACUGAUGGUUGCUGAUAAUGGGCCUCUGUAUGCCUAUGUAGAUAUUCCAUAAAAAAAUCAUCUGUUUCCAGCUACAAUAGCCGUUUACAACAUUAACAAUGUCUACACUGUAUUUCUGAUCAAUUUGAUGUUAUUUUAAUGGACAAAAAAACAAGGACAUUUCUAAGUGACCCCAAACUUUUUAACGGUAGUAUGUAUAUACAGUGGGGAGAACAAGUAUUUGAUACACUGCCGAUUUUGCAGGUUUUCCUACUUACAAAGCAUGUAGAGGUCUGUAAUUUGUAUCAUAGGUACACUUCAACUGUGAGAGACGGAAUCUAAAACAAAAAUCCAGAAAAUCACAUUGUAUGAUUUUUAAGUAAUUAAUUUGCAUUUUAUUGCAUGACAUAAGUAUUUGAUACAUCAGAAAAGCAGAACAUAAUAUUUGGUACAGAAACCUUUGUUUGCAAUUACAGAGAUCAUACGUUUCCUGUAGGUCUUGACCCGGUUUGCACACACUGCAGCAGGGAUUUUGGCCCACUCCUCCAUACAGACCUUCUCCAGAUCCUUCAGGUUUCGGGGCUGUCGCUGGGCAAUACGGACUUUCAGCUCCUUCCAAAGAUUUUCUAUUGGGUUCAGGUCUGGAGACUGGCUAGGCCACUUCAGGACCUUGAGAUGCUUCUUACGGAGCCACUCCUUAGUUGCCCUGGCUGUGUGUUUCGGGUUGUUGUCAUGCUGGAAGAACCAGCCACGACCCAUCUUCAAUGCUCUUACUGAGGGAAGGAGGUUGUUGGCCAAGAUCUCGCGAUACAUGGCCCCAUCCAUCCUCCCCUCAAUACGGUGCAGUCAUCCUGUCCCCUUUGCAGAAAAGCAUCCCCAAAGAAUGAUGAUUCCACCUCUAUGCUUCACGGUUGGGACGUGUUCUUGGGGUUGUACUCAUCCUUCUUCUUCCUCCAAACACGGCGAGUGGAGUUUAGACCAAAAAGCUCUAUUUUUGUCUCAUCAGACCACAUGACCUUCUCCCAUUCCUCCUCUGGAUCAUCCAGGUGGUCAUUGGCAAACUUCAGACGGGCCUGGACAUGCGCUGGCUUGAGCAGGGGGACCUUGCGUGCGCUGCAGGAUUUUAAUCCAUGACGGCGUAGUGUGUUACUAAUGGUUUUCUUUGAGACUGUGGUCCCAGCUCUCUUCAGGUCAUUGACCAGGUCCUGCCGUGUAGUUCUGGGGUGAUCCCUCACCUUCCUCAUGAUCAUUGAUGCCCCACGAGGUGAGAUCUUGCAUGGAGCCCGAGACCGAGGGUGAUUGACCGUCAUCUUGAACUUCUUCCAUUUUCUAAUAAUUGCGCCAAACAGUUGUUGCCUUCUCACCAAGCUGCUUGCCUAUUGUCCUGUAGCCAUUCCCAGCCUUGUGCAGGUCUACAAUUGUAUCCAUGAUGUCCUUACACAGCUCUCUGGUCUUGGCCAUUGUGGAGAGGUUGGAGUCUGUUUGAGUGUGUGGACAGGUGUCUUUUAUACAGGUAACGAGUUCAAAUAGGUGCAGUUAAUACAGGUAAUGAGUGGAGAACAGGAGGGCUUCUUAAAGAAAAACUAACAGGUCUGUGAGAGCCGGAAUUCUUACUGGUUGGUAGGUGAUCAAAUACUUAUGUCAUGCAAUAAAAUGCAAAUGAAUUACUUAAAAAUCAUACAAUGUGAUUUUCUGGAUUUUUGUUUUAGAUUCCGUCUCUCACAGUUGAAGUGUACCUAUGAUAAAAAUUACAGACCUCUACAUGCUUUGUAAUAAACCUACCAUUUAAAAUUAUAGACUGAUCAUGUCUUUGUCAGUGGGCAAACGUACAAAAUCAGCAGGGGAUCAAAUACUUUUUUCCCUCACUGUAUAUAUAUGUGUGUGUGUGUGUUUUGUUUCUCUGAACAAAUGGACUAAUAUCUUCCUCUUUUGUCUGUUUUGUAGCAGAUAUAUGUCGUGUGUGUCGUUCGGAGGGGACCCCAGACAAGCCCCUGUACCACCCCUGUGUCUGCACCGGCAGUAUCAAGUUCAUCCAUCAGGAAUGGUGAGUGGCUCUCUCUUUGUCUGACUCGAUCACACUGUGAACUCAUGUUCUGAGGAAUGACAUGGCUUGGGAGCAUGCAGUCAUCAGGAGCAAUUGCAAAGAAUGUAAUUGAGUUGGGACCUCAAGAUUGUUUUAUUUAUCAGGAGUCAACUUUAUAUAGGCCUAAUAUUUAUAGUCCGACUAUACCCCCCAACACCAGCAAUAGAGAAACCUACUCACUCCUCCUCUGGCAUAAUGGCCAUAGAAAAAUAACAUUUGAGUCAGUAGGAGGAAGUAACGUUAAUUUGGAUAUAUGGAUAUAGCAUAGGGCCUAGCUUACCUAAGACUGUCCUGAGGUGAUGGUUUUGGCCUGCAUCCAAGUGAUCACCCCACAUUUUUCUCUGCUAUCACAGCUGGUUUCUCUGCUAUCACAGCUGGUUUCCCUGCCAUGUGGGUUUAACAAAGGAAAAACAAUUAGCUAGGUGUGCUGAAAUAGCGCAAAGGAUAGCAGGCAGUAAUUUAGACUAUUUUAGACUGAAGUCUAAAAUAACAAUGUAUUUUUCCAUUGAGUGAGAAUGUGUAGGCUUAGCCUCGAGGCCUGCUAGUGUAAUUACACACACACACACACACACACACACAGUGUGGCAACAGCUAGGGCGUAAUUAUUGACUUACAUAACCAAGUAGUUAAUUGUACAGAGCUGGGUAGUUAAUGCCAUGCUGCUGGUACAUUUAUUGGGUUGUGUGUGUGUGGCAUGGCUCUGGCAAGGCUGGUUCGGGACUUAGGAGUAGAGGAAUAAUAAUACUGUCACUAUCUCACUUUCCAACCAAGGGUGCCCGAACAGAGGAGCAAACUGAAGAUGUGAAAAACAUUUAGGCCUAGCAAUGCUUUUUGGAUGACAAUCAAAUUGGCCUUCUAAAAUAGCCUGCUUCACUGUUAUUAAAAUGAGAACCUGAGGGACAGAGGAGUGAAAGUUGCUGAUUUGUCGUUUAGGCUAUUAGCUAUGAGACACAGAUUAGUGAUGAUAAGCAGUCGGAACACUCUUGAACUACUGUGAUGUGGUUUACUGCUACAGGCCCAGGUUUUGAAACGUGAUAAGCCUUCAGGUUACUGCAGUCGUGGUCAAAUACACACACUUAGCUUCUCUAGGUACAGAUGUGCAUUGAAGCACUGUGUCAUCAACAUCAUCCCUUUUCUGAGAAUAUUUGCUCUGUCAUUAUAUCACUGAUCUCUAAUAGCCCAUGUUGGGUCAGAGUACUGGGUCACACACUAUUGAUUAAGCUGGAUAUAUAGAUACCAUGUUACCUAGGCAUAGUUAGUUACACUUGGAUUUCAUGGUGUUAUUAACAUGUAGGCCUAACUGGGCACACUGUGUGUGUGUGUGUGUCGUAAAAUUUGAUUCACAUUACAGUUCAAACUAGUACCACAGAAUCAUGAAUGCUAGACAGCUCAGGGUUACAGUAGCAAGUGUUGUACUCAGUCUUAUAGAAGGCAUUAUAGGAUGUUAGGCUUAUGAAUGAAUGGACUGAGGUGUAUGUAUGAAAGAGUCUUGUGGUCGGUUCAGUGUGGGCUGUUCUCUCUGUCUCACUCGCGUUCAGACACGCACCACACCCCACAUACCACACACACAUCGCCCCAUGUGAGUUGGACUGAGUUGCCCUACUUGAGUGAGAAAGCCAGUAUUCCAUGCCUGCUCUUGCACAUGUUAAUUCCUCCCCUAAAACACACCUCUCUUACCAUUGUUGUUUACAGUUUGGUCCAGUGGCUGAAGCACAGCAGGAAGGAGUAUUGUGAAUUAUGCAAGCACAGAUUUGCUUUCACACCAAGUAAGUACCCGUCCGUGGCAUUGACCUGUCAGUCUAAACAUGUGCUCCGUUGCAAGGGGUUGACUUCAGACUGGGAAGCUCUGCCAUUGAAUAGUCUUAGAAAACAGGUUUCAAACUGGAACCCAAAAGGGUUAUACCUGGAGCCCAAAAGGGUUAUUCAAAUGGUUCUCCUAUGGGGACAGACGAAGAACCCUUUUAGGUUCUACAUACUUUUUUUGUUGUUCUUGAUAAGUAAUGUCUCAACCUUAUAUUCUCUCUCUAAGUAAGUUUGUAACUUUGAACAUGAAGUGUCUCAUCCCUCUCUCUGUCCCUGCUGUCUGUGCUCCAGUCUACUCCCCAGACAUGCCCCCACGCCUGCCCAUCCAGGACAUCUGUGCUGGCCUGCUGACCAGUGUGGGCACGGCCAUACGAUACUGGUUCCACUACACACUGGUGGCCUUUGCAUGGCUGGGGGUGGUCCCCCUCACUGCAUGUGAGUAGACUGAUACACACCAAGGUGUCAACACUUUACUCUUAAGUACAGUAUCACUCACAUAAAAACCUGUAGACACACAUUUACAGGAUCAGGAGAAUUAGAAGUAGACCAGUGUUGUACUCCAGUCACCCAAGUCAUAGACUGUUCUCUCUGCUACCGCACGGCAAGCGGUACCGGAGCGUCAAGUCUAGGUCCAAAAGGCUCCUUAACAGCUUCUACCCCCAAGCCAUAAGACUGCUGAACAAAUACUAAAAUGGCCACCCGGACUAUUUACAUUGACCCCCCCCCUUUUGUUUUUACACUGCUGCUACUCGCUGUUUAUUAUCUAUGCAUAGUCACUUUACCCCUACCUACAGUCCCAGUCAAAAGUUUGGACACACCUACUCAUUGAAGGGUUUUUCUUUAUUUUUACUAUUUUCUACAUUGUAGAAUAAUAGUGAAGACAUCAAAACUAUGAAAUAACACAAAUGGAAUCAUGUAUUAACCAAAAAAGUGUUAAACUAAUCAAAAUAUGUUAUAUUUUAGAUUCUUCAAAGUAGCCACCCUUUGCCUUGAUGACAGCUUUGCACACUCUUGGCAUUCUCUCAACCAGCUUCAUGAUGAAUGCUUUUCCAACAGUCUUGAAGGAGUUCCCACAUAUACUGAGCACUUGUUGGCUGCUUUUCCUUCACUCUGCGGUCCGACUCAUCCCAAACCAUCUCAAUUCGGUUGAGGGCGGGAGAUUGUGGAGGCCAGGUCAUCUGAUGCAGCACUCCAUCACUCUCCUUCUUGGUCAAAUAGCCCUUACACAGCCUGGAGGUGUGUUUUGGGUCAUUGUCCUGUUGAAAAACAAAUGAUAGUCCUACUAAGCGCAGACCAGAUGGGAUGGCGUAUCGCUGCAGAAUGCUGUGGUAGCCAUGCUGGUUAAGUGUGCCUUGAAUUCUAAAUACAUCACUGACAGUGUCACCAGCAAAGCACCAUCACACCACCACCUCCAUGCUUCACGGUGGGAACCACACAUGCAGAGAUCAUCCGUUCACCUACUCUGCGUCUCACAAAGACACAGCGGUUGGAACCAAAAAUCUCACAUUUGGACUCAUCAGACCAAAGGACAGAUUUUCACCGGUCUAAUGUCCAUUGCGUGUGUUUCUUGGUCCAAGCAAGUCUCUUCUUCUUAUUGGUGACCUUUUAGUAGUGGUUUCUUUGCAGCAAUUCGACCAUGAAUGCCUGAUUCACACUGUCUCCUCUGAACAGUUGAUGUUGAUGUGUCUGUUACUUGAACUCUGUAAAGCAUUUAUUUGGGCUCCAAUCUGAGGUGCAGUUGACUCGAAUGAACUUAUCCUCUGCAGCAGAGGUAACUCUGGGUCAUCCUUUCCUGUGGCGGUCCUCAUGAGAGCCAGUUUCAUCAUAGCGCUUGAUGGUUUUUGCAACUGCACUUGAAGAAACUUUCAAAGUUCUUGAAAAGUUCUGUGUCUAAAAAUAAUGGUAGUUUCUCUUUGCUUAUUUGAGCUGUUCUUGCCAUAAUAUGGGCUAUCUUCUGUAUACCCCCCCCCCCCCUACCUUGUCACAACACAACUGAUUGGAUCAAACGCAAUAAGAAGGAAAGUAAUUCCACAAAUUAACUUUUAAGAAGGCACACCUGUUAAUUGAAAUGCAUUCCAGGUGACUACCUCAUGAAGCUGGUUGAGAGAAUGCCAAGAGUGUGCAAUGCUGUCAUCUAGGCAAAGGGUGGCUAUUUUUUGGUUACUACAUCAUUCCAUAUGUGUUAUUUCAUAGUUUUGAUGUCUUCACUAUUAUUCUACCAUGUAGAAAAUAAAGAAAACCCCUUGAAUGAGUAGGGGUGUCCAAACAUUUUGACUGGUACUGUAUAUGUACAAAUUACCUCGACUAACCUGUACCCCCGCACAUUGACUCGGUACCUGUACCCCCUGUAUAUAGCCUCGUUAUUUUAUUGUGUUACUUUUUAUUUUACUUUUAUUUUAUUUAGUAAAUAUUUUCUUAACUCUAUUUCUUGAACUGCAUUGUUGGUUAAGGGCUCGUAAGUAAGCAUUUCACUGUAAGGUCUACACCUGUUGUAUUCGGCGCAUGUGACAAAUAAAAUGUCAUUUGUAUUACAAUCUGUUGUCAUUUCCCAGUUCGGUAAAUUCCACUGGUGUGUUUGAUUAUUUGUACCAAGCUUGUCAUGAUACAAAAAUGUAACAAACGAUAUGAUGCCAGGCUAAGUAUCACAAUACCGAGUAGUAUCGCGAUACCGCGGUGGAAAAUAAUCUGUGGCCUAGCAUUCUGUUCGCCCUGUCCCCUGGAUGCUUGUUCACGUUUUCUAAACGUUCUCCAAAAAACCUGUCAUUGAAAUUCACACUUCUAGUCAAUUCAACACAUUGAAUUGAACUUCACACUGUUCAGUGUAUAGUAGAAUACUGCAUAGAAUGGCUGAUUUUGCUCCUACCUGUGAUUUGGCUGGAGGAAUGGGAGGAAGGAAUAUACAUCGGUGGAGGCUGCUGAAGGGAGGACGGCUCAUAAUAGCGUCUGGAACGGGACAAAUGGAAUGGCAUCAAACACAUAGAAACCAUGUGUUUGAUACCAUUCUGCUCCAGCCAUUACCACAAGCAUGUCCUCCCCAAUUAAGGUGCCACCAACCUCCUGUGAUAUACAUGCAUAAUGAUCUGCAUGUCAUUGUGACAGUAAGAGGAAAACACUGCAUGAAACCUUCUUUACUCCUCAGUUAACAGACACACACACCACUCUCUAUCUCUCCCACGAACACACAUACACCAAUUUGUACACUAUCCACUCUAUUAGGACUGUGAGGAAAACAUACAGGGUUACAAUAUCAGGGUUUCCCAUACAAUUAUUUAGGCUGCCCCCGCCUAAACACAUUUGGCUUCAGUUGUCAGUGAAGGAUUUUAUUUUUUUACCCCUUUUUCUCCACAAUUUCGUGAUAUCCAAUUGGUAGGUAGUUUUGUCCCAUUGCUGCAACUCCCGUACGGACUCGGGAGAGGCGAUGGUCGAGAGCCAUGUGUCCUCCGAAACACGACCCUGCCAAGCCGCACUGCUUCUUGACACACUGCUCGCUUAACCUGGAAGCCAGCCGCACCAAUGUGUCGGAGGAAACACCGUACAGCUGGUGACCGAAGUCAGCGUGUAUGUGCCCGGCCGCCACAAGGAGUCGCUAGAGCACGAUGGGACAAGGAUAUCACAGCUGGCCCAACCCUCCCCUAACCUGGACGACGCUGGGCCAAUUGUGCACCGCCUCAGGGGUCUCCCGGUUUGCGGGCGGCUGCGACACAGCCCGGGAUCGAACCCGGAUCUGUAGUGACGCCUCUAGCACUGUGAUGCAGUGCCUUAGACCGCUGCACCACUCGGGAGGCCCGUCAGUUAAUGUUUCAUGUGUUCAAAUGAUUCUAAGAGGGAACUUUGCUCCUAACCAAGACUGGAUUGUGGUAAUUUAUGUACAUCUCUCUUCAGUGUGUCUUCCAAUGGUGAGAUGAUGUCCAUAGCUCCUCUCUGUCUCCCUCUUCUCUUCAGGUCGAAUCUACAAGUGUCUGUUUACCGGCUCCGUGAGCUCGCUCCUGACGCUGCCAUUGGACAUGCUUUCCACGUGAGUUCUGAUGUCAUAUCCUCCUCGUUCGCCAUUCAGACUCUGUAACUCCUCACCCACUCCUCAUAUGAGAUGUAUUCUCCAUUUCCAGUAUUGUAGGUCAUCAAAGAAAAACUUGCACACUGCUCUUGCUGGUAUCACUUGUUUAAGCUCUCAGGGCUUUUUGAUAUUUUCGCAUUAUUCCUACCCACCUACAACAAGAACUCAGAUGUGAGUGCAUUUUUUAAUCACAUCUCUCUCUCUCCUCCCCCUCCUUGUAGAGAGAACCUGCUGGCGGACUGUCUACAGGGCUGUUUCGUAGUGACGUGUACACUGUGUGCGUUCAUCAGCCUGGUGUGGCUUAGAGAGCAGAUCGUCCAUGGUGGCCCCCCCCUGUGGCUGGAGCACCAUCAGCAGCCCCAGCCCAACGCAGCUGGACAGCAGCCCAAUGAGGUAACACACACACACACACACACACACACACACACAAGGUAACACGUACACACACGCACACUUACAGCCCCUGCAUCCACAUUCCUCCCCCAGGCUGCAGGUGUAGGUCAGGGAGCAGCUGAUGCCCCCCCUGCAGCCCCCCCUGCACCCGCCGCCCCCCCAGCUCACAACGAGGCAGAGCCAGAACCCCCAGACGGCCUCCCAGAACAGGGGGAGGAGCCAGAACCAAACAAUGAGGAAGAGGGGGCAGCGGGUGAAGAUGCGGAAGCCAACAACGGAGCUCAAGGUAGGAGACUAGGGCCAGCCCUCAGCUGAUAGGUAACAUAUGGCAACGGCAAUACUAAGUUCUAUAACAUGAUGUCUCUCUCUAUCAAUCUCUCUCUCUGUCUCUCUCUGUGUGUGUAGAUGAUAUGAACUGGAAUGCUCUAGAAUGGGACAGAGCAGCAGAGGAGCUCACCUGGGAGAGGGUAAGACUGGUUUAGUUUCAGCAAUCUCCAACACAUCUGUCGUGACUCAACUUCAUGACACAACACUAUCCAUGACUAUAUCGACCACCUUGUAAUGUCUCACUCUACCUCCCAGAUGCUUGGACUGGAUGGCUCCUUGGUGUUCUUAGUAAGUAUUUAUUUACACACCAGGCAUAGAGUAUUAUUAACACACCUGGCAUAGAGUGUUGACACCUGCUAUAGGGUAUUAAUUACACACAUUGUAUAGGGUAUUAUUAACACACCUGGUAUGGGGCAUGAUUAACACACCCGGUAUGGUGUAUUAUUGACACACCUGGUGUGGGGUAUUAUUGACACACCUGGUAUGGGGUAUUAAUGACACACCUGGUAUGGGGCAUGAUUAACACACCCGGUAUGGGUUAUUAUUAACACACCCGGUAUGGGUUAUUAUUAACACACCUGGUAUGGUGUAUUAUUGACACACCUGGUAUGGGGUAUUAAUGACACACCUGGUAUGGUGUAUUAUUGACACACCUGGUGUGGGGUAUUAAUGACACACCUGGUAUGUGGUAUUAUUAAUACACCUUGUAUAGAGUAUUAUUAACACACCUGGUAUAUGGUAUCAUUAACACACCUGGUAUAGAGUAGUAAUACACUUAAGAUGCGGUAUUAUUGCAGUGAAGGGGUUGUCUGUUUUUUAAGCAGUAGCACUAGAAAGUAGUGAGGUGACAUUUUGCGUUGUGUGUCGUCUUCCAGGAGCAUGUGUUCUGGGUUGUGUCUCUGAACACUCUCUUCAUCCUGGUGUUUGGUAAGUACACUAACUUACACAAACUCCUUCUAACGUAGUACCCUUCUGAAAACGAACUAGCCUGCUACGGUGGUAGGGCUUGGUAUAAGCCUGGGAGCUUUGAUGAAUCUUCUUGUUCUCUCUUCCAGCAUUCUGUCCAUACCACAUUGGUCACUUCUCUGUCGUGGGACUUGGCUUUGAGGAAUAUGUAAGCAGCAGUUUUAAUCAUACCUCGCCUGCCUUUCUUACAAAACGUAGAGUAAUCAUGAUAUGGAAUUGUUGUGGAAAAUUAGAUCCCAAGAUUAAGGCAGAGACUAUUUAAUUGUAUAAUAGAAAAAUCUUUAAUCAAGCAGCUCCAAGGGAGAUCUCUGAUUUAACAGGGAAAAACUCAAAGGGUAAAUGGUUACAUGCCCCUUAUACAGUGGGGGAAAAAAGUAUUUAGUCAGUCACCAAUUGCAAGUUCUCCCACUUAAAAAGAUGAGAGAGGCCUGUAAUUUUCAUCAUAGGUACAUGUCAACUAUGACAGACAAAUUGAGAAAAAAAAUCCAGAAAAUCACAUAGGAUUUUUUAUGAAUUUAUUUGCAAAUUAUGGUGGAAAAUAAGUAUUUGGUCACCUACAAACAAGCAAGAUUUCUGGCUCUCACAGACCUGUAACUUCUUCUUUAAGAGGCUCCUCUGUCCUCCACUCGUUACCUGUAUUAAUGGCACCUGUUUGAACUUGUUAUCAGUAUAAAAGACACCUGUCCACAACCUCAAAAAGUCACACUCCAAACUCCACUAUGGCCAAGACCAAAGAGCUGUCAAAGGACACCAGAAACAAAAUUGUAGACCUGCACCAGGCUGGGAAGACUGAAUCUGCAAUAGGUAAGCAGCUUGGUUUGAAGAAAUCAACUGUGGGAGCAAUUAUUAGGAAAUGGAAGACAUACGAGACCACUGAUAAUCUCCCUCGAUCUGGGGCUUCAAGCAAGAUCUCACCCCAUGGGGUCAAAAUGAUCACAAGAACGGUGAGCAAAAAUCCCAGAACCACACGGGGGGACCUAGUGAAUGACCUGCAGAGAGCUGGGACCAAAGUAACAAAGCCUACCAUCAGUAACACACUAUGCCGCCAGGGACUCAAAUCCUGCAGUGCCAGACGUGUCCCCCUGCUUAAGCCAGUACAUGUCCAGGCCCGUCUGAAGUUUGCUAGAGUGCAUUUGGAUGAUCCAGAAGAGGAUUGGGAGAAUGUCAUAUGGUCAGAUGAAACCAAAAUAGAACUUUUUGGUAAAAACUCAACUCGUCGUGUUUGGAGGACAAAGAAUGCUGAGUUGCAUCCAAAGAACACCAUACCUACUGUGAAGCAUGGGGGUGGAAACAUCAUGCUUUGGGGCUGUUUUUCUGCAAAGGGACCAGGACGACUGAUCCGUGUAAAGGAAAGAAUGAAUGGGGCCAUGUAUCGUGAGAUUUUGAGUGAAAACCUCCUUCCAUCAGCAAGGGCAUUGAAGAUGAAACGUGGCUGGGUCUUUCAGCAUGACAAUGAUCCCAAACACAACCGCCCGGGCAACGAAGGAGUGGCUUCGUAAGAAGCAUUUCAAGGUCCUGGAGUGGCCUAGCCAGUCUCCAGAUCUCAACCCCAUAGAAAAUCUUUGGAGGGAGUUGAAAGACCGUGUUGCCCAGCGACAGCCCCAAAACAUCACUGCUCUAGAGGAGAUCUGCAUGGAGGAAUGGGCCAAAAUACCAGCAACAGUGUGUGAAAACCUUGUGAAGACUUACAGAAAACGUUUGACCUGUGUCAUUGCCAACAAAGGGUAUUUAACAAAGUAUUGAGAAACUUUUGUUAUUGACCAAAUACUUAUUUUCCACCAUAAUUUGCUAAUAAAUUCAAAAAAAAUCCUAAAAUGUGAUUUUCUGGAUUUAUUUUUCUCAUUUUGUCUGUCAUAGUUGACGUGUACCUGUGAUGAAAAUUACAGGCCUCAUCUUUUUAAGUGGGAGAACUUGCACAAUUGGUGGCUGACUAAAUACUUUUUCCCCCCACUGUAUAGUGAGAGGUGACAAUACAAUCAUAUUGUUUACACUACGGUUAUUUUAUACAAGCAACCGUUCUAGAACACAAUGGCCUUGUGUUAUUGUGCAGACAUACCAGGAGUCUAUGAAAGGCAAAAAAAUCACAGUCCAACACAGAACAUAUCCCUUGAAGUUACAACAGCUCACCCCAAAUUGUGCCACCACAGAAUUAUAUUGAAUAUGUGUGUCUUCUCUAGGUUCAAGCUUCCCAUUUCGAGGGCCUGAUCAUGACCAUCGUGGGGUACAUCCUGCUGGCCGUGACACUCAUCCUCUGUCACGUAUCCUUCCGUCUACUGAUGGGGAUCACUUCCUGUGACCAUGCAGUGUUUCCAUGGAGAUCUUUCCAUUGUUUUUGUGUAUACAAGUAUGUGUUUUAGAGGUUGGCACGGGAGUGAAAAUAUAUUCCUGUCUUGUCCUGUAAUCUUUUUUCUUGUACUUUCCCGAUCCCACCACAGUUGUAUAACCCCGACAACUUUCCUGUCCUGUCCCGAUUUAAAAAGCACUCCUGUCCCGUGCUAAUUUUAACGAGCAGAAAUCAGAAAUAACUUCCUCCAUUAGCUGCUCGUCCUGCGUGUGAGUUUCCAUAGCAAAGGCCCCAUUUUUGGCUGGGUGUGCAGUGCUCAAGAAAUGUAAAAGAGAACUGUUAGCUAGCUACUUUUCCUUGCCUGUCCAGAUAAAGGCCUAUUAGAAUGUUUUAAAUAGUGAUUUGAAGACUGAAGAAGGUGUCUUACUGUUGGGAGGAGGGGUAGGGACUGUUGAUCCUGUCCCGAACUUGACUAGAAUUUCACUCCUGUUCCCGUGUCAACCUCGGUGUUUGUCCUUAAAUGGUGUCUCUCAGGGAUUCGCUGCUCUCGUCAGGUUCCAGAGGUCCCGCCGUCUACUAGGGGUCUGCUAUAUCGUUGUCAAGGUAAAAUUUCGGUUUUAAAUGUUGGCUUUAAAUGUAUUACUGUAAAUCCCUCUCUGAAAUAUACACUGAGUGUACAAAACAUUAGGAACACCUGCUCUUUCUAUGACAGACUGACCAGGUGAAAGCUAUGAUCCUGUUAAAUCCACUUCAGUCAGUGUGGAGGGGAGGAGACAGUUUGAAGAAUGAUUUUUAAGCCUUGAGACAUUGAUUGUGUAUGUGUGCCAUUCAGAGGGUGAAUGGGCAAACCAGCUAGUGUCCAGAACUGCAACGCUGCUGGGUUUUUCCACGCUCAACAGGUUCCCAUGUUUAUCAAGAAUGGUCCACCACCCAAAGGACAUCCAGACAACUUGACACAACUGUGGGAAGCAUUGGAGUGAAUAUGGGCCAGCAUCCCUGUGGAACGCUUUCAAUACCUUGUAGAGUCCAUGCCCUGAUGAAUUGAGGCUGUUCUGAGGGCAAAAGGGGUGCAAUUCAAUAUUAGGAAGGUGUUCUUAAUGUUUUGUACACUCCGUGUAGAACGACUUGACUUGAAGAGGAAAACUAAAUGAAGGAUGUAGCUCAACUUUUUAAUGUAAAUCUCCCUUUGACAUCAAUGCAUGAUUUAUGAAUUGCCUGAGUUUUCCUGCAUAGUCCCUGUUGUCAUGUGUGUGUUUAACUUGGUGUGUUUUCCAGGUCUCUUUGCUGGUCAUCGUGGAGAUAGGAGUUUUCCCCCUCAUCUGUGGCUGGUGGCUCGACAUCUGCUCUUUAGUACUUAGACAUACCUCUUUCUUUCUAAUCCCUCUAUCUCUUCCCCCUCUCUCUCCCCCGGUCUCUCUCCCCCCGUCUCUCUCCAUCUCUCUCCCCCUGUCUCUCUCUGUCUCUCUCCCCCUGUCUCUCUCUGUCUCUCUCCAUCUCUCUCCCUCUGUCUCUCUCCCCCCUGUCUCUCUCCCCCUGUCUCUCUCCCCCUGUCUCUCUCCCCCCUGUCUCUCUCCCCCCUGUCUCUCUCCCCCCUGUCUCUCUCCCCCCUGUCUCUCUCCCCUGUCUCUCUCCCCCUGUCUCUCUCCCCCCGUCUCUCUCCCCCCCGUCUCUCUCCCUCUCUCCCCCGUCUCUCUCUGUCUCUCUCCCCUUUCUCUCUUUCUCUCCCCCCUCUCUCUCCCUCUCUCUCUCCCCCUCCCCCUCUCUCCUCUCUCCCCCCUCUCUCUCCCACUCUCUCUCCCCCCUCUCUCCUCUCCCCCCUCUCUCGCUCCCCCCCCUUCUCUCUCUCCUCUCUCUCCCCCUCAUUUUCUCCUCCUCCCCCCUCUUCUCUCUCCCCCCUCUCUCUCUCUCCCCCCGUCUCUCUCCCAUCUCUCUCUCCCCCUCGUCUCUCUCCAUCCCUCUCUCUCUCCCCUGUCUCUCUCCUCCUCCCCUCUUCUCUCUCGUCCUCUCUCUCCCGUCUCUCUCCAUCCUCUCCCCCCUCUCUCUCUGUCUCCCUCCUCUCCUCCCCUUCUCUCUCCUCUCUCUCCUCCCCUCUCUCUCCUCCUCACUCCUCCAUCUCUCUCUCUCCUCUCUCAUCUCUCCCCCCUUCUCUCUCCCCCUCUCGUCUCCUCUCUCUCUCCCCCUCCCUCUCCCUCUCUCUCUCUCCCCCCCUCUCUCCAUCUCUCUCCCCCUCUGUCUCCUCUCCUCCCCCUUUCUCUCUCCUCCCCCUUUCCUCUCUCCUCCGACUCUCUCUCCCCCCCUUCUCUCUCCAUCUCUCUCUCCCCAUUCUCUCCUCUCUCUCUCCCCAUCUCUCUCCUUCCCUCCCCUCUCUCCCCUUCUCUCUCUCCCCCUCUCUCUCCAUCUCUCAUCCUCCCCUCCUCUCUCUCCUCUUCCCCUCCCUCUGCUCUCUCCCUUCUCUCUCCCCCUUCUCACUCCCCCCCGUCUCUCUCACUCUCUCUCUCCCCCGUCUCUCCCAUCUCUCCCACCUCCCCAUUCCCUCCUCUCCAUCUCUCUCCCCCCUCUCUCUCCCAUCUCUCCUCCCCCUCUCUCUCUCCAUCUCUCUCCCCCCUUCCUCUCUCCACCCUCUCCUCUCCUCUCCUCCUCCCUCUCGUCUCCAUCUCUCUCUCCCCUCUCUCUUCAUCUCUCUCCCCCCUGUGCUCCUCUCCAUCCUCCCUCCACCUCUCUCCUCCAUCUCUCCCCCCUUUCUCUCCAUCCUCUCCUCCCGCUCUCUCAUCUCUCCCCCCCUUUCUCUCUCUCCUUCCUCCUCUCUCUCUCUCUCUCCCCCGUUCUCCUCCAUCUCUCCCCCCUCUCUCCUUCCCCCCGUCUCUCUCAUCCUCGCUUCUCCCCCCUCUCUCUCCUCUGUCUCCUCCUCCCUCGGUCUCUCCAUCUCUCUCCCCCCUUCUCUCCAUCUUCUACCCCCUCUCUCUCUUGCCUCUCUCAUCCUCCCCCCCUCUCUCAUCUCUCUCCCUCCUCAUCCCCUCACUCUCUCUCUCUCCCCCCUCUCUCUCUCUCACCCCUCUCUCUCUCUCCAAAUCCCCCCCCCCCUCUAUCCCCCAUCUCCCAUCUCUCCUCUCCCCCCUCUCUCUCUUCUCGCUCAAUCUCUCAUCUCUCUCUCCCCUCUCUCCAUCUCCUCCCCCCUGCCCUGUCUCUCCAUUUCUCUCUCUCCAUCUCUCUCCUCCCCGUCUCUCUCCUCCCCGUCUCUCUCCAUCUCUCUCCCCCCUGUCUCUCUCCAUCUCUCUCCCUUUUUAUCACUCAAUCGCUCCUACCUGCUUUCUUAAAUAAAAACAUGUAUUUCUUCCAUCCGUUCUGCAGGAGAUGUUUGAUGCGUCUCUAAAGGACAGAGAGCUGAGUUUUAAGUCUGCUCCAGGCACCACCAUGUUCCUCCACUGGCUGGUGGGAAUGGUCUACGUCUUCUACUUUGCAUCCUUUAUCCUCCUACUGAGAGAGGUAGGGAACAGGGCGACCACCCAAAUGACACUCACUUCCCUUUAUUGUUCAGUACGUUUGACCAGGGCCCAUAGGGUUAGUGCUGCGGAUCCUGGCACAUGUACAGCCUAGUGCUAACAGAGUCGGCAUGGGUUAGAAUUCUACCCUUGUUCUUCUAACUCGCAAACUCUCCUACCUUUCCUGUCUCCUCUUCACUAUCCUAUCUUAAUAAAAUACAUAAACCCCCUAAAACAUGUAUUAUUUAAAAAACAAGUAGUACACUAUAUAGGGAAUAGGGUGACAUUUCAGACAUUCUCAUUGGCUGCUUUGUUAUAGUGUGUUGAUGUGGUGCUGUAUUGGGUCAGGUGCUGAGGCCUGGGGUCCUGUGGUUUCUGAGAAACCUGAACGAUCCAGACUUCAACCCAGUCCAGGAGAUGAUCCACCUACCCAUCUACAGACACAUCCGCAGGUUCAUCCUGUCUGUGGUACGUACAUCUACAGACACCUCCGCAGGUUCAUCCUGUCUGUGGUACGUACAUCUACAGACACCUCUGCAGGUUCAUCCUGUCUGUGGUACGUACAUCUACAGACACCUCUGCAGGUUCAUCCUGUCUGUGGUACGUACAUCUACAGACACCUCCGCAGGUUCAUCCUGUCUGUGGUACGAUACAUUGAGCACUUGGUGAACACUAAAUUCCCUACAUUGUUCCUAAAGAGUAGUUACAUGCAGCUAGGGCUCUGCUUUGUGUGCUGAUUAUUGAAGGUGUAUGAUCUCUCCUCUCGUCCUCCUAGGUGGUGUUUGGUUCUAUCGUCCUCCUGAUGCUGUGGCUGCCCAUCAGGAUGAUGAAGCUCUUCCUCCCUGCCUUCCUCCCAUACAACGUCCUCCUCUACAGGUACACCCACAUGACUCAACUGUGGCCAGCAGUGGUUGCCAACCCUGGUCCUGGAGAGCUGCAGUGUGUAUAAGUGUUAUAUUUGGAUGCAAGUGUUUCCUAACACCCUCCGGUCUCCUCUCCUCCCCCCUCCUCUAUCCUCCUCCUCUCCUCUCAUCUCCAGUGAUGCCCCAGUCAGUGAGCUGUCUCUGGAGCUGUUGCUGCUGCAGGUGGUUCUGCCAGCUCUCCUAGAGCAGGGUCACACACGCCAGUGGCUCAAAGGUCUGGUCAGGACCUGGACUGUUAUCGCUGGAUACCUACUGUAAGUCUAUACAUGCUCCUAUACAAACUUAUACACACUUAGACACUACUUCAGGGUUCCCCAACUGGCGGUGAUUUUACAUCAUUGUAAAAAAAAUAUAUAUAUACACUGCUCAAAAAAAUAAAGGGAACACUAAAAUAACACAUCCUAGAUCUGAAUGAAUGAAAUAAACUUAUUAAAUACUUUUUUCUUUACAUAGUUAAAUGUGCUGACAACAAAAUCACACACAAAUUAUCAAUGGAAAUCAAAUGUAUCAACCCAUGGAGGUCUGGAUUUGGAGUCACCCUCAAAAUUAAAGUGGAAAACCACACUACAGGCUGAUCCAACUUUGAUGUAAUGUCCUUAAAACAAGUCAAAAUGAGGCUCAGUAGUGUGUGUGGCCUCCACGUGCCUGUAUGACCUCCCUACAACACCUGGGCAUGCUCCUGAUGAGGUGGCGGAUGGUCUCCUGAGGGAUCUCCUCCCAGACCUGGACUAAAGCAUCUGCCAACUCCUGGACAGUCUGUGGUGCAACGUGGCGUUGGUGGAUGGAGCGAGACAUGAUGUCCCAGAUGUGCUCAAUUGGAUUCAGGUCUGAGGAACGGGCGGGCCAGUCCAUAUCAUCAAUGCCUUCCUCUUGCAGGAACUGCUGACACACUCCAGCCACAUGAGGUCUAGCAUUGUCUUGCAUUAGGAGGAACCCAGGGCCAACCGCACCAGCAUAUGGUCUCACAAGGGGUCUGAGGAUCUCAUCUCGGUACCUAAUGGCAGUCAGGCUACCUCUGGCGAGCACAUGGUGGGCUGUGCGGCCCCCCCAAAGAAAUGCCACCCCACACCAUGACUGACCCACGCCAAACCGUUCAUGCUGGAAGAUGUUGCAGGCAGCAGAACGUUCUCCACGGCAUCUCCAGACUCUGUCACGUCUGUCACGUGCUCAGUGUGAACCUGCUUUCAUCUGUGAAGAGCACAGGGCGCCAGUGGCGAAUUUGCCAAUCUUGGUGUUCUCUGGCAAAUGCCAAACGUCCUGCACGGUGUUGGGCUGUAAGCACAACCCCCACCUGUGGACGUCGGGCCCUCAUACCACCCUCAUGGAGUCUGUUUCUGACCGUUUGAGCAGACACAUGCACAUUUGUAACCUGCUGGAGGUCAUUUUGCAGGGCUCUGGCAGUGCUCCUCCUGCUCCUCCUUGCACAAAGGCGGAGGUAGCAGUCCUGCUGCUAGGUUGUUGCCCUCCUACGGCCUCCUCCACGUCUCCUGAUGUACUGGCCUGUCUCCUGGUAGCGCCUCCAUGCUCUGGACACUACGCUGACAGACACAGCAAACCUUCUUGCCACAGCUCGCAUUGAUGUGCCAUCCUGGAUGAGCUGCACUACCUGAGCCACUUGUGUGGGUUGUAGACUCUGUCUCAUGCUACCACUAGAGUGAAAGCACCACCAGCAUUCAAAAGUGACCAAAACAUCAGCCAGGAAGCAUAGGAACUGAGAAGUGGUCUGUGGUCACCAACUGCAAAACCAGUCCUUUAUUGGGGGUGUCUUGCUAAUUGCCUAUAAUUUCCUCCUGUUGUCUAUUCCAUUUGCACAACAGCAUGUGAAAUGUAUUGUCAAUCAGUGUUGCUUCCUAAGUGGACAGUUUGAUUUCACAGAAGUGUGAUUGACUUGGAGUUACAUUGUGUUGUUUAAGUGUUCCCUUAAUUUUUUUGAGCAGUGUGUGUGUACAUAUAUAUAUAUUUUUUUUUUGGGACAUACAGUGGGGGAAAAAAGUAUUUAGUCAGCCACCAAUUGUGCAAGUUCUCCCACUUAAAAAGAUGAGAGAGGCCUGUAAUUUUCAUCAUAGGUACACGUCAACUAUGACAGACAAAUUGAGAUUUUUUUUCCCAGAAAAUCACAUUGUAGGAUUUUUAAUGAAUUUAUUUGCAAAUUAUGGUGGAAAAUAAGUAUUUGGUCACCUACAAACAAGCAAGAUUUCUGGCUCUCACAGACCUGUAACUUCUUCUUUAAGAGGCUCCUCUGUCCUCCACUCGUUACCUGUAUUAAUGGCACCUGUUUGAACUUGUUAUCAGUAUAAAAGACACCUGUCCGCAACCUCAAACAGUCACACUCCAAACUCCACUAUGGCCAAGACCAAAGAGCUGUCAAAGGACACCAGAAACAAAAUUGUAGACCUGCACCAGGCUGGGAAGACUGAAUCUGCAAUAGGUAAGCAGCUUGGUUUGAAGAAAUCAACUGUGGGAGCAAGUAUUAGGAAAUGGAAGACAUACAAGACCACUGAUAAUCUCCCUCGAUCUGGGGCUCCACGCAAGAUCUCACCCCAUGGGGUCAAAAUGAUCACAAGAACGGUGAGCAAAAAUCCCAGAACCACACGGGGGGACCUAGUGAAUGACCUGCAGAGAGCUGGGACCAAAGUAACAAAGCCUACCAUCAGUAACACACUACGCUGCCAGGGACUCAAAUCCUGCAGUGCCAGACGUGUCCCCCUGCUUAAGCCAGUACAUGUCCAGGCCCGUCUGAAGUUUGCUAGAGUGCAUUUGGAUGAUCCAGAAGAGGAUUGGGAGAAUGUCAUAUGGUCAGAUGAAACCAAAAUAGAACUUUUUGGUAAAAACUCAACUCGUCGUGUUUGGAGGACAAAGAAUGCUGAGUUGCAUCCAAAGAACACCAUACCUACUGUGAAGCAUGGGGGUGGAAACAUCAUGCUUUGGGGCUGGUUUUCUGCAAAGGGACCAGGACGACUGAUCCGUGUAAAGGAAAGAAUGAAUGGGGCCAUGUAUCGUGAGAUUUUGAGUGAAAACCUCCUUCCAUCAGCAAGGGCAUUGAAGAUGAAACGUGGCUGGGUCUUUCAGCAUGACAAUGAUCCCAAACACACCGCCCGGGCAACGAAGGAGUGGCUUCGUAAGAAGCAUUUCAAGGUCCUGGAGUGGCCCAGCCAGUCUCCAGAUCUCAACCCCAUAGAAAAUCUUUGGAGGCAGUUGAAAGUCCGUGUGAAGACUUACAGAAAAUGUUUGACCUGUGUCAUUGCCAACAAAGGGUAUAUAACAAAGUAUUGAGAAACAUUUGUUAUUGACCAAAUACUUCUUUUCCACCAUAAUUUGCUAAUAAAUUCAUUAAAAAUCCUACAAUGUGAUUUUCUGGAUUUGUUUUUCUCAAUUUGUCUGUAAUAGUUUAUGUUUACCUAUGAUGAAAAUUACAGGCCUCUCUCAUCUUUUUAAGUGGGAGAACUUGCACAAUUGGUGGCUGACUAAAUACUUUUUUCCCCCACUGUAAAAGACUGUAAAAACACCAGCGAAUCAGCUCCAAGUGAUUUUAAUUUAGGAUACCUGUUCUAAAGUAAUCCAACGCAUAAUAGAGAGAGAUAUAUGUGAUCGUUUUAGUGAAAUAUUAUAUCAGUUUGGGCUUCUUGCAGGCAAUUUGCAGUCUACAGAUUAUUUUGAAUUAUGUUCUGGCCCCCUGACCAUCCGCUCAAGAAAGAAUCGGACCACGGCUGAAUCUAGUUGAUGAUCCCUGCACUGCUUAUUCACACUUAUACACACACCCCCAAAGGGCUUUCUCAUUAUAGCUACAAUCCAUAACAUGAACUACAGUGAGGGGAAAAAAGUAUUUGAUCCCCUGCUCAUUUUGUACGUUUGCCCACUGACAAAGAAAUGAUCAGUCUAUAAUUUUAAUGGUAGGUUUAUUUGAACAGUGAGAGACAGAAUAACAACAAAAAAAUCAAAAACAACGUGUCAAAAAUGUUAUAAAUUGAUUUCAUUUUAAUUAGGGAAAUAAGUAUUUGACCCCUCUGCAAAACAUGACUUAGUACUUGGUGGCAAAACCCUUGUUGGCAAUCACAGAGGUCAGACGUUUCUUGUAGUUGGCCACCAGGUUUGCACACAUCUCAGGAGGGAUUUUGUCCCACUCCUCUUUGCAGAUCUUCUCCAAGUCAUUAAGGUUUCGAGGCUGACGUUUGGCAACUCGAACCUUCAGUUCCCUCCACAGGUUUUCUAUGGGAUUAAGGUCUGGAGACUGGCUAGGCCACUCCAGGACCUUAAUGUGCUUCUUCUUGAGCCACUCCUUUGUUGCCUUGGCCGUGUGUUUUGGGUCAUUGUCAUGCUGGAAUACCCAUCCACGACCCAUUUUCAAUGCCCUGGCUGAGGGAAGGAGGUUCUCACCCAAGAUUUGACGGUACAUGGCCCCGUCCAUCGUCCCUUUGAUGCGGUGAAGUUGUCCUGUCCCCUUAGCAGAAAAACACCCCCAAAGCAUAAUGUUUCCACCUCCAUGUUUAACGGUGGGGAUGGUGUUCUUGGGGUCAUAGACAGCAUUCCUCCUCCAAACACGGUGAGUUGAGUUGAUGCCAUAGAGCUCCAUUUUGGUCUCAUCUGACCACAACACUUUCACUCAGUUCUCCUCUGAAUCAUUCAGAUGUUCAUUGGCAAACUUCAGAUGGGCAUGUAUUUGUGCUUUCUUGAGCAGGGGGACCUUGCGGGCGCUGCAGGAUUUCAGUCCUUCACGGCGUAGUGUGUUACCAAUUGUUUUCUUGGUGACUAUGGUCCCAGCUGCCUUGAGAUCAUUGACAAGAUCCUCCCGUGUAGUUCUGGGCUGAUUCCUCACCGUUCUCAUGAUCAUUGCAACUCCACGAGGUGAGAUCUUGCAUGGAGCCCCAGGCUGAGGGAGAUCCUGAGGGAGUUAUUUUGUGUUUCUUCCAUUUGCGAAUAAUCGCACCAACUGUUGUCACCUUCUCACCAAGCUGCUUGGCGAUGGUCUUGUAGCCCAUUUCAGCCUUGUGUAGGUCUACAAUCUUGUCCCUGACAUCCUUGGAGAGCUCUUUGGUCUUGGCCAUGGUGGGGAGUUUGGAAUCUGAUUGAUUGCUUCUGUGGACAGUUGUCUUUUAUACAGGUAACAAGCUGAGAUUAGGAGCACUCCCUUUAAGAGUGUGCUCCUAAUCUCAGCUCGUUACCUGUAUAAAAGACACCUGGGAGCCAGAAAUCUUUCUGAUUGAGAGGGGGUCAAAUACUUAUUUCCCUCAUUAAAAUGCAAAUCAAUGAAGUAGAUUUUUUACAUGCGUUUUUCUGGAUUUUUUUGUUGUUAUUCUGUCUCUCUCUGUUCAAAUAAACCAACCAUUAAAAUUAUAGACUGAUCAUAUCUUUGUCAGUGGGCAAACGUACAAAAUCAGCAGGGGAUCAAAUACUUUUUUCCAUCAAUGUAUAUAUUUAUUAACUCUCUCUACAUCCUUCCCCUCUUCCUCCUCCCACUCUCCUGUCCGCCUCCCCCCACUCCAACACUCUCCUCCUCUCCCACUCCUACCCAUCUCCUACCCCUCUCCUCCUCUCCCUCUACUGUACUCCUACCCCCCCCCCCCCCCACUCCUACCCCACUCCUCAAGAGACCUCCACUCUUACCUGCUGGGUGAACAGGAAGAGAAUGAGGCCAACCAGCCUGUCAACAACAACAACAACCCUGCCCCUGUUGUGGGUGAGGGGCUUCAUGCAGCCCAUCAGGCCAUAUUACAGCAAGGUGGACCUAUAGGCUUCCAACCCUACCAACGCCCUCUACGCUUCCCCUUCAGGGUGAGUUACACUACACACUUAACCCCUAUACACUCCACCAACAGGGUGAGUUACACUACACAUUACAGCAGGUGGACCUAUAGGCUUCCAGCCCUACCACUUCAGGAUAAGUCACCCCCUAUAAUAUGUCUCUCUCCUCCUGUCUGUAGAUUGUCUUGCUGAUAGGCUUUAUGUGUGUCACUCUGCUGGUGGCCAGCCUGGUGUGUUUGACGUUACCAGGUGAGACAUGGUCAUGGACAUGCUCCAUUUCAUUGUCUAUUUUUUUUAAACAUUUUUUGCAUACAAAUCGACUUAAAGGAGCAAUUAGGGUUAAGUGUCUUGCUCAGGGGCACAUCGACAGAUGUUUCACCUUGUCGGCUUGGGGAUUCAAACCAGCGACCUUUCGGUUAAUGGCCCAACGCACCUAACCACUAGGCUACAUGCCACACUUAACAUGUUUCUUAAUUUUAAAUAAAAUUAGUAUAAUUUGAUUAAUCUCCAUCUUUAGGAAAUGUAUUGUAUACCUUUUUUCUAGAAGAAAGAAUUACAUGAUAGGUAUAAAUCUGUUUCAUAGGUACCUAAAGCCCAUCUGUGUGUUGUAGUGUUUGUGGGCCGUUGGCUGAUGUCGUUCUGGACGGGUAGCGCUAAGAUCCAUGAGCUGUAUACAGCAGCGUGUGGUCUGUACGUGUGCUGGCUGUCCAUCCGCGGUGCCACCGUGCUGUUGGCUUGGAUGCCCCAGGGACGCACCAUCAUCAUGAUCAAAGUCCAGGAGUGGACCCUCAUGGUAAGACCUACUCUCUGCUGGAACUGUAUGUGGACAAAUGUAUAGUAGGCUGUACUAGUUAUGAAGGUGGCUGGAUGGAUACCUUUAGGUGGCUGUAUGUCCAAGGCCAAGGUGUCCAUGCCAAGAUAUUUAUGUAAUAUUUCAACAUCCGAUCAUCUCUUGCCUUUUAAUUUUGUGUGUCUAUGUGUGUUUGUAUAGAUCCUGAAGACCCUGGUAGUAGCGUUGCUGGUGGCAGGUGUUAUCCCUCUACUGCUGGGCCUGCUGUUUGAGCUGGUCAUCGUUGCUCCGCUACGCGUUCCUCUGGACCAGACACCUCUCUUCUACCCCUGGCAGGUACUGACUGUGUGAGAGAGCAAGAAUGUAAUAGUAAAGAUCACUGUAUUUUAAACAGUAAGGUACCUUGUGUCCAUCUGUGUGUGUGUAGGACUGGGCCCUGGGGGUACUCCAUGCCAAAAUCAUUGCUGCCAUCACCCUCAUGGGUCCCCAGUGGUGGCUGAAGUCUGUCAUAGAACAGGUGUGUUACCUUACACCACGUCAUUAUCCCUUAACCCAGGGGUUCCCAAACUUUUAAACUCAGACACCCUUCCAGCAUUGGAGAACAUCCCGCGCCCCCCCCCCCCCCCCCCCCCCCCCCCCCCCCCCUGCGCGCGCCACAUCUAUUUCUAUGGGCACAAGCACUGUUCAUGACACAAACUGUUCACACCGCUCUUGUUGGUAGAGAAAAAGUUUAUUUACUGCAAUUCUACACAUUCUGUCAUGGGGUACAGAGAACAUUUAGCUGUUUUAAAUAAAAUGUUCUUCCAGUUCUAUACAUUUUGCCAUGUCUAAUGUGUAUUCAUGUGAUAUUUGAGUGACUCAAACAUUACAUCAAAAUCUAUAGGCUAAAUAACCUAGCUAAAAAACAUUAGCUGACAUGGGCUAGUUGAUCUGGACUUUUCUGACAAGUUAUAAAUAUCUCUCUAACGUAUGCAGUGACUGACAUGACGAGGAAAACUGAUGAUGCACUACCCAAUUUUGAAAUUGCACCUUGUGCAUUCUACCAUUUUACAAUUUUCAAGAGUAAGUUGAAAGCUGGACUGAGUUCCUAAAAAAGAAAACACUGCCUUAACCUAAUAUAAUUUGAAUUCUCAAUCUCACACUGUUUGCCCAGUUUACAUUGGUUUCCACAGGUUCAAUUACAGUCACAAUGAGACAUGUCCAUUCCCCCUACAUGAUCAAUAAAGCUUUUAACGUUUUGCAACUGUGUAAAGUCACCAGUGAGUGAUAACAUUGCCACCUCUCUUCCUGUCAGGUGUAUGCUAACGGCAUCAGGAACAUCGACCUCCAUUUCAUCAUCCGUAAGCUGGCUGCCCCCGUCAUCUCAGUGCUGCUGCUGUCCCUCUGUGUCCCCUACGUCAUAGCAGCCGGGGUCGUACCUACCGUAGGUCAGUCACCUGUGUGUGUGUGUGUGUGUGUGUGUGUGUGUGUGUGUGUGUGUGUGUGUGUGUGUGUGUGUGUGUGUGUGACUCUGCUAAUAACACUGUGCCCCUCCCGGUGUGUCAGGUGUGACUCCAGAGAUGCAGAUUCUGAUGCAGAGGAGGAUCUACCCAUUCCUCCUGAUGGUGGUGUCCAUCAUCGGCAUUCUCUCCUUCCAGAUACGACAGUUCAAACGUCUUUACGAACACAUCAAGAACGACAAGUAAGCACCCACCCCUAUCUCCAUACCUGGCAUGUUCAUUCAGAGCUCCUUGUACAGGGAUAGUACAACCCUGGUCCUGGGAGCUUCAGGAUAUGCAGGCUUUUGUUUCGGCCCAGCACUACCACACCUGAUAUAAAUAUUCAAGGUCUUGAUCAGCUGCUGACACACAAGCAAACUAGGUAAGUGCUCUAGUAUUGUGAUUGACAUGACUCUUUUCUCCUCUGUUCCCUCUUUGCCUUCCUGCAGGUACCUGGUUGGCCAGCGGCUUGUCAACUAUGAACGCAAGGCUAGGGGAGCCAGCUCUGUCCCGCCCCCUAACCCUAUCCCAGAGUAG